CCCCCGGUGCCGACCCGUUCUCCCGGUAUCAUCAAAAUCACACUCAAGAGAGAGGUAGAUGCGGUCGUGUUUCACUUUCUUUGCUUCCAAGGACCCGUAUCUGUCACAUCUGUUCCCCGGAUCUUUGUUUCUGGGCGGCACGCUGCGGCUGCCGGCAGCAGAUGUGCUGAGCGACGCAGCUAAAAGCAGUAUCUUUCCACAGUGACCGCGGCCUGAUGCUGGAAAACCCUACGUUCAUUAGAAGGCAACAGGAAGCAGAUUACUGAGGGAUUAAACCCAUACACUCGUGUGCGCAUGUAGACACAGAGAGUACCACAGUUCCAGGGUUUGACCGCUGUCCAACUGUGGAUCUUAAACUGAGUGAACUUGUCUGACUGACUCUCUCUGGGAUCAUGGAAGAAGAGGAGGAGCUGACAGAGUCUCAUUGAAUUUAACUCCUGUAACCUCACCUCCUUUCUCCUGCCUCACCAUCGAAGGCUUUGCCUGGUCAAUGAGGAUUACAGUCUUAUAACAAACACAGCUGAGCGGGCAGAGAGGGAGAAGAGCGCAGAGCCGACCGUCCGCCCGCUGCUGUCCCAUGAUGCAUCUACACAUGUAAGAGCAGGAUCAGCCACACAGAGGGCUGUUUCUAUGGAUACAACUGCCCUGUGUGUAGUGUAUCCCUGCAGCCCAACUACAGCAUCAAGUAACAUCUUUGGAGUGGAGAAACACAUCAUCAUCAAGAAUCAAGAGGAUACUUCCUUUAUCAAGGAGAAAUCUGCUAUUUUUAAACAUGUACUGUAGAUGCUUUAUCAACACGUAGCUGCAAGAUCACCAACUAAACCAAAUGUUAGAUUUCUUUCCACUUUGUUUCAUUUAUUUCGAUCCUUUCUGAGGUCCCUUUUGUUGCUCAGACUCUACUUGUCCAAUACAACUCAAAGGUUGUGUUAACAAAAGUUGGUUCAUUAAAAGGGUGAUUUAAUAAGAAUAGGCCCACACAGUACCAGAAGAGGAGGUAAAGAUGAUGCACAAAGACACUUCUUAGGCCUGAAGGAAAUCAUUCCUUUUCAAACCUGCAUGCAAUAUCAAACUUUUUUGGGCCUCUAAAACUGCCGCCACUUUUCACCAGACUAGCUGUGGUUCUGAAUUUGGGUCUUGUCAACAUGAGAGCAGAUAUCUAACAUACACCAGCUACCUAGAGAAGAAUCAGGUCUCUUGUUAAGGUUCUGGACUCACCAGCAAGAUGUAACAUUAUGUGCAUAAGACAGUAACAAAGCACUUUUAAUCAAGACAUUCAAGCUUAAGGUAACUGGAAUCUAUCUGUCCCUAACACCUCCAGACUGAGCAAUCAUGGCCAGACAAGACACCCCCCUCUUCCUCCAUGGUUUUGAUCUGGGUGGACACUUUGUUGACCUUCGACCUCUCGGCAUGGGUGUCACAGGCCUGGUCCUCGCAGCUGUGGACCAGCGCACUGGACAGCGCGUGGCAAUUAAAAAGCUGGUGAUGCGUGACGCCGUGACCGUGAAACAUGCUCUGCGAGAGGUCAAAAUCACCCGGCGGCUGCAUCAUGAAAAUGUGGUGAGGGUUCAUGAGGUUUUGGCGCCUUAUGGACGACCACUGCCCAGAGACCCAACCCACCUGAGUGCCCUGUACAUCAUCCAGGAGUGCAUGGAGACGGAUCUGGCUCGGCUGCUGGAACAAGGACCACUACACACAGGUCACGCUACUCUGCUGUUCUACCAGCUGCUGAGGGGACUGAAGUUCAUCCACUCUGCAAAUGUGCUGCACAGAGAUCUGAAGCCUGCCAACAUAUUCAUCAACACAGAUCAGCUGCUGCUCAAGAUUGGAGACUUUGGUCUGGCCAGGAUAGUUGACCCUCACUAUUCUCAUAAAGGCUAUCUUUCCGAGGGUCUGGUGACUAAGUGGUAUUGCUCCCCCCGUCUGCUCCUGUCCCCCAACAACUACACUAAGGCCAUAGACAUGUGGGCUGCUGGCUGCAUUCUGGCUGAGAUGCUCACUGGACGUAUGCUGUUUGCAGGAGCUCAUGAGCUGGAGCAGAUGCAGCUGAUUCUCGACACCGUGCCAGUGCUAAGAGAGGAGGACAGGCAAGACCUGCUACAGGUGAUGCCUUCAUAUGUCAGUCAUGGAUGGAGAGUCAAGAAACCCUUUUCUGAAUUGCUGCCUGAAGUCAAUGCUCAAGCUGUGGACUUCCUUGAGCGCAUCUUGACCUUUAACCCCAUGGAUCGUCUGACAGCCGAAGCAGCGCUGUCCCAUCCCUUCCUCCAGCAGUACGCCUGUCCAGACGAUGAGCCCACCUCAUCGUAUCCCUUCCGCAUCGAGGAUGAACUAGAGGACAGCCUCAUCACCGAGCAGAGCCUCAGCAGCAGCAACAGUCAGGCCUCUAGCAUCCACUGGGAGAGGUAUGAGAACAGGUUAUCAACUGAUGUCUCCUGGCAGCAGUCAGGCGGAAGGUGUUGCUGCAUGCCCCCUGACCGCAUUACCUCUGACCUGGGAGACACCACAGAGGACGACGAGGUGCAGAGAGACCCUCGGGCCAGUUCCACCUCACUGUUAGAGGAGGCCCAGGUUGACCCACGCAAAUAUUCCCACAGCAGCUCAGCGGAACGCUUCCUGGAGAACUCUCACUCCUCUCUGGAACGGGCCUGUGGUUUGGGAUAUGUGGAACUGGACUGUGGCCGCUCCUGUGACUACAAAGUGGGCUCUCCUUCAUAUCUGGAUAAAAUUGCCUGGCGGGAGGGCAAGCCUCAACACUACUCAGAGCCUAAGCUGAUCCUGGAUCUGUCUUAUUGGAAGCGUAACACUAACAGCCUCCCUGUGCCUGCUGAGCCCAUUUGUGGGAGCGUGGAGGAUGUGGGAGAGAAGAAGGAUGAAGAAGCAGAAGAGGGGGAGACGGGGGAUUUAUUCCAGGAGAUCUCUCGCUGGGUGGAGAGCACCCAGUCUCGUCUGCACUCGCCCAGUCCCAGUCCUUCUUUGGAGCCACGUUCACCCUCCCACUACAAUUCCUCUCCCCCUCUUCCUAUCUCCCCGACUGACCUCCCAACUCCAGUCUUCCACUACAAGGAGGUUGUGCGGCAACCAUCAGAUGAAUGUAAUGAAGACAGACUAAGCCCACUUCCACAUGUCACAUGUUCCUCUAAUUCCCUUCCCUCACUUCUCCCCUCGUCUCCCACCUACCCACUUCCUCCUCAGUCCCCUCAAAUAGUGUCUCCCAAGACCUCGCCACUUUUUCCUCCCCCUGACUUUCAACCCCUUUCGUCUACUUCCUCCAUUUUGCAGCCAGUAAAUGAUGACUCCUUGGAAUCACUUCCUGUCAAGCAAAAAGAGCGGCUGUUCGACCUGGACGUGUUCAUUUCCCGAGCACUGAAACUGUGCAGGCAGAAUAAGGAGAAAGCAGACGGGAAGAAAGGAAAAGAUGGAGGAUGGAGGGAAGAAAGCAAACAGCCAAACAUUAACCGAAAGGUGCCCAGGCGUCCAGAGCACAGGACUCCACCACCACAGACUCCCAAUUCUUGAUGUUGAAUUUCAACUUCAGGUCCACCACCAGUAUAGCAUCAUAAUGGGUAGCACUUCCAAAUGCUCAUAGUGCUGUACGUAGUGAGGGGUGUCCAAGGUUGAAUAUGCUGCUUUAAACAUCAGACAUUAGUGUUAGAAGCAGUUGUCUUUUUGUCACUAGUGCAAUGACACGCUACACAUUGUGACUAAAACCCUCACUUAAACAAGCAAUCCUGCAGCUUUGUCAAGAGGUGCUCUCAGGCAAUAAAAGGUCACAAAGCAUUUGGGUUAAAUAUAAAUAAUGAUGCUUAGAAUGGCAGAUAUGAAGGAUCUGUUCUACAUGACAAUACUUAGAAUUAAUCAGCUAAUUAAUGAUCAUAGUAUUUGUGGUUUGAUAUCAUUUGUCAAGUUAAACAUGCGUCAAAGUUUGACUUGAUAGCGACUUAUUCUAUGACACAAGCACCUGCAAGUGACACUGAAGGUACAGUCAGCCUGAUAACAAGAGUUCAAGAGUUCCCAGUGUGUACUGGAUAACAGUAGCGUGCAGGAGGGGGGAUCACUGGUUUGUUAUAAAUUUGCUUUAGAUUUUUGUUUUUAUACAAGAUCCCUUGCUAGUCGGUCAGUCAGUAAUUUUUCAGUCUUCCAAAGGUGAUGUUCACCAAAUAACGAUGACGGAAAUGCUUUUUCCAAGAUUCUCUGAAUGUAUUGACUGAAGAAUAAUUAGACAAAUUAUGCUACAUGGUAAACCAUUUUUUAAAUUUGUUUCUGUUUUAACUGUUUUCUUAUAUACAAUCUAUAGUUUUAACACUCCCACAGUGACUUAACAAGCUCUGUUUCUGCUACAUGCCUUGUAAACUUGUAUAAAACUGGUGUCAUAUUUAAUUCUAUAGUAUAUUUCUCAAGACUAUUGUCUUGUUGUGAUAAUUUUAGGUUAAUUUGGAGUGAGCUGUAUUUUGUUUCAAUGUGGAAUGCACUAAACUUUGCUCUAGUUCAAUCGUAAAUAGUUUCAUAGCCUGUCUGCCUGAUGCACCAAACAAGGUCAUCGUCUGCUGUACACCUAGUGAAAAGAUGAUAUCCUGUCUGUACUAGAAGGCCAGACAUCUGUCAUCAUUUUCCUCACUUAAAUGAGAGCCACAGAAAGCUAUAAUGCAAACAAUAGUUACUUUGAAGAAUGUAGAUCCUUUACAAUCUUUAUAGGAAGUGAUUUGCACUCGAUGCUCCUCAAUGCUGUCCAGUAACCCCAUAAAUAUAUGUACCAGAAAAUACCAAAAACAUAUAUUUUGAAAUACUUUUCUAUCCUGUGUGUUAGACAGUAGAACCUCAGAAUGUUCUUUAUCCCGACAUCUGAUGUCUCUCCUUUCAAGGUAACCAAACCAGGUAAAAGAUACAGUCAUAUGUUAGUAACAGAUGAAGGCUGUUGGCAUGUGCCUCUUAAUUUCUAUCAACUGGAUCUGACAUUCGCUUCAAACUAAAAAGUGAUUAACAACAUAUGGAAAUGGAAUUAAAAUCAUUCUGCUGAGCCAGUUCCAAAAAUAAAUACAACUAAAUCUAUGUGUCCCAUAUUCUGUAACCUAGAAGAAAUAGGCUUCCACCUUCCCUGAUUUCACUUUUUGACAUGUAAUGCUCAGCUGUGGGUGUACCAUAGACUGUAUACCGUCAAUGUACACAUGGUUCUGGCUAUUGGAAAUGCCAGAGGCAAAAUACUGAGAUGUAUAAAAACACUGCCAGAGCAGCUACAACAAGACAUGUUUUAUCACUUUAUUAAUCUUUCUGUCCAGCAUCUGAUACCCAGUCUGACUAGACUAACUUCCACUCAGUUAGCAAGUCUUUCAUACCCUAAUACAUAUUCAUUUUAAUCCUCAAUCCACACCAUACAAUCUACACACAUAACACUAGUGUUAAAAGGUACUUGUGUAGCAAGAGUUGACAGCCUAUGCCAGAAAAAGUUGACUUCCAUAAUACUUUAUGGUUAUCAGCAGAUCAUCACUAGCACAAUAUAGUAUGACUUCCUAAGAGCCAUAUCUGAGAACAUAGACACACUGUAGAAUAGACUUGAAGCACAUUUAGAGUCACUAGCACAUUCAGAAAUACUGGUUUUCCUCAGUGAAACUGAAACUCCACCAAUGUCAAUGUUCAUUUUCAUCAAUAAUGUACCUCUAAGGUAUUAACCAUACCUGGGCUGGAUAUCUGGACUAACUGACAGAUGUUUUGAAGUAAAUAAAACAUUUCUGAUCCAUCGCCAUUUAUGUAUUUUUGGAAAUAGAUAGAUGCAGUGCUGCAGUCUAAAUAAUUAAAAUGAGUCUAGUUUUUAACCUAUACGGGCCAUAUAAUCACACUCUGCAUUAUACAUUUUUCUCUGCAGGUAACCUAGCAAUAACAUCACUGACAAGUAAAAAAACACAAACAUAUACUGUAACACAUGAGGUUACUGAGCCGACGUUAAUUCUUUGUGUAUGAAGCAAUGUAGAAAAUGUGCCUCAGUAUACCUUGAUGUUUCCAGCUUGCUGAAUGUAACAUAUCCUCCUGCAUGGCUUUCACAACUAUUCAAAUAGCUUAGACUUUGAUGUUUUUAUCAUUUGUCAGUCAUAUUUCUGUGGGCUCUAUUGUACUCACACUUCAAUGAAGCCUCGGCUGUUCAUUUGAGAACAACUGUGAGGUUUUUAAAUGCUCAGUAUCUCUUUUUGCAGUUUCUGUUUUUGUUGAAAAAUUAAUAAAACAAUACAAAAACUA